CGGUUCGCACUCAUCUACCGGUCCUUAAUUAAGUGGGAGGCAGGCUUCUACCCAUCUAGCUCAAGGUUUAUCUCCAAGAAGAUUACCGGCGCAUUUGAGCGAUCUGCCUGGAAAGGCUUUUCUGACGCCAAACAGAUCAGUCGCGCACAAUCCUAAUCGCAGCACCUGGUAGGCCGGCCUCGCGCGCGAAGCUCACAACAACCCCGCACGUCAAGAUGAUGUCCGCGCAGUUACAGCAGCAGGCCAACGCGGCCGCAGCGGCCGCCGCUAGCCGAGGCGAAGGCGUCGCAACCCCGGCAGCUAGCGAGACGCAGGCUAUCGAGGCGAUUGCCCCAGGUACCGAGUCGCCUACUUUACGAAACCGAGCUGGCGAUAGCGAAAGCCCGUACAUCCAGGCGCAUCAGGAUACGCCCGUGGCAUGGCAGCUGCUGGACAAAGACGCCGUCGCACUGGCGAAAUCGCAGAACAAGCUCAUCUUUAUGAACAUUGGUUUCAAGGCCUGUCAUUACUGCCGCCUCACAACCCAAGAAUCUUUUCGCAAUAAGAAUGUUGCAGCUCUGCUCAAUUCGUCCUUUAUACCAAUACUUGUGGACCGUGAAGAAAGACCCGACAUCGACAGCAUAUACAUGAACUAUAUUCAAGCCGUCAACAGCGCCGGUGGCUGGCCAUUGAACGUUUUCCUGACUCCCGAGCUUGAGCCGGUUUUCGGAGGGACAUACUGGCCUGGACCCGGACGCAGUACCUCGUCCGCAGUAGAGGACGGAGAAGAGCCUCUUGACUUUCUGGGCAUUCUCAAGAAGCUGCAGAAGGUGUGGACGGAACAGGAGGCUAAAUGCCGGAAGGAGGCGCAGGACAUAGUGCUGCAGCUGCGUGAGUUUGCCGCUGAGGGAACCAUGGGCGUGGGGAACACGGAGAAGGUUCCCUCGGUAGCGACCACUGGCGCGACGGUUAAUAUAUCCACGGGGGUCGCGGCACCUACCACGUCAACGGAAACACCCAAAAAAACGGUCACUGCAUCUGCUUCAGCAACGGAUCUCGACGUCGACCUUGACCAGCUGGAAGAAGCCUACGCCAACAUAUCCAGGAGCUUUGACCGUGUAAAUGGAGGCUUCAACCUAUCGCCAAAAUUCCCUACUCCGCCAAAACUCUCAUUCCUCCUACGACUGGCUCACCUACCCCCCGAGGUGGGUGAUAUUGUUGGUGGCCCGGAAGAAAUUGCGCGGGCGACUCACAUGGCACUUGCUACGUUACGCGCAUUACGGGACGGAGGCUUGAGAGAUCAUAUUGGUGCUGGCUUCCACCGUUAUAGUGUCACAGCGGAUUGGUCUGUCCCGCACUUUGAGAAGAUGAUCGCGGACAAUGCACUGCUCCUUGGUGUGUAUUUGGACGCCUGGCUAGGACAGGCUGCCAAGGAGGGAAGAGCUCCGACGCUUGAGGACGAGUUUGCUGACGUGGUACUUGAGCUUGGUGAUUACUUGGGCAACCCCGGCUCCGAGUUCGGGUCAAGUUCGACAUGCCAAGACUCUCUACUGCCCACCAGUGAGGCAUCGGACUCUUAUCAAAGGAAAAGUGAUAAGCACAUGCGCGAAGGAGCGUUUUACCUCUGGACUAGGAGAGAAUUCGAUGCCACUGUCAGCAACACAGAAGAUGGAGAUUUGACUAAUGGGAAGCAUGACGGCGACUUUUACGCGCGUGUGGCAGCUGCGUAUUGGAACGUCAAAGAACAUGGAAAUAUUCCCGAGGAGCAAGACCCUCACGAUGAGUUUAUCAACCAAAACGUCCUACGUGUGGUCAAGACGCCAGCAGAGCUCAGCACAUCAUUCGGGAUCGCUGUCGACGAGGUCAAUCAAAUUCUAGCCGAGGCGAGGAGAAAGCUCAGGGCUCGGAGAGACAGCGACCGUGUGCGUCCGGAAGUGGACGAGAAGCAGGUUGUUGCAUACAACGCGAUGGCUAUGUCAGCUUUGGCAAGGGCUGGUGUUGUACUUUGGUCAACCGGGCUGGACAAGCAUCGCGGAAGCGCAUGGAUGAUGUGUGCCAAGCAAGCCGCCAUAGAAAUGAAAGGCAGAUUGUAUGAUCAAGAGACAGGAAAACUCAGCAGGCACUGGUUCAGAAACAAGAAAAGCUCAACGGAUGCACUGGCCGAAGACUAUGCAUUCCUCAUUGAGGCAUUGCUGGAUCUUUACGAUGCAACUGGAGAUGAGAGUGCUUACUUGGAUUGGGCAAAGCAGCUUCAAGACAAACAAAUUGAAAUGUUUUACGAUCGUGUGGCACCGUCCAGUCAAAAUCUUGACUCUGAUGCAGCCAAGACCAAAUCGGGUUCUGGCGGGUUCUACUCGACUGCAGAGGAGGCACCGGAUGUCAUUCUGAGGUUGAAGGAUGGCAUGGACACUUCGCAGCCAUCAACCAACGCCGUCUCGGCCUCGAACCUCUUCCGACUGGCCUUAAUCCUCGAUAAUUUGGAAAGCAGCACCGAUGGAACAAAGACUUCGAGGCGGCACAACUAUAAUACCCUGGCACGAGAAACGAUCAAAGCCUUUGAGGUCGAAAUGCUGCAGUACCCAUUCCUGUUCACCGGGCUGCUCACCUCGGUCGUGAGCGCACGGCUGGGGGGCCAGGCGGUUUUUACCGACGACAAACAAAGACUAGGAGGCGAAGAUGCCUCGAGUGUCAUAGCGCGAGAAUUUGCUUGCAAGCCCAGAGGUGGACUUAGGGCGCUUUGCGUCAAGAGAAAGGAUACCGCCCCUCGGGAAGUCAGUGAUGGCGUAUCUGGGAUCACUGGUGGUAUCGAGCAGCUGAAGACGGGUGAGCACUGAAACGAAAGAAAGAGCUUGUAGCCAUUCACAAUUCUGACCGGGAUAUUUUUUUUCACAGUUUCUUCUCUGCUUUCAGGCUGGUUUCGUGGGUUUGGGAUUUGAUGUUCUGGUAACUAAUUCUGUAUAUACCUGCUUCUACUCGUUGAUAUUUUAACCUCUCGGGUCAAAUAGGGGAAAUUCAGGAGUUGAUAAUUCAGUUAGAUACUCUUUUGAUUUUGGUCGCUUAAUUCAGUUUCGCCCGAUCUUUGGGGACAGGAAACACGUCGAGAGCGAAUAUCUAAAGCAGGGCAAAGUAGAUUAGUGACCACAUAAAUUUGGGGGCAUAACCUGCUUACGCACCUUUGGUAUGUUCUCAUGUUUGUAACCUCGAGCCUCUACAUUGAGAAACCAUUUACCCAACUAACGCUGAGAAUUGAA